AUGGCUGUACAGAGUACAGACGUGGAGGUCAUGGAUGUUGUGACAUCAGGAUACCUAGGCGGCACCCUGCUAGCCCACCUCCAAACCGCCAAUCUGCCCCCCUACUCCAAACUCUACGCUCUCGUCCGCACCCCAGCUCAAGCCGAAGGCGUCCGCCAAUACGGCGCUACGCCUCUCAACAUCGACCUCUCCUCUCGCUCAGAAAUCCACGACACCAUCCUCUCGAACAACAUCACCAUCAUAUUCCACCUCAUCUCUGCCUUCGGUGCGCACACAACUCCCUUCAUCGAAGCCCUGGCCACAGUCCGCGAAGCCACCGGUCACGAUGUGCACUUCAUUUUCACUUCGGGCGCGAAGCUGUUCUCCAGUCAUGCCGGGGCGCCCACCUCCCAGCCACUCUUUGAUACGGACCCGAAUCUCUUUGCUAUUCACGAAGCGCAGGUGCCAAAGUACGAUAUCGCAAAAUCAGGCAUUGAUGCUAACAUCGGUGUGAUUGAAACAGGGGAGAGAUUGGGUGUAAAGAGCUAUGUUUUCGUGCCUUGUAUCGUGUAUGGUCCCGGCGAAGGAUUCGGCAACAAGAUCUCCAUCCAGACGGUUGCCGUGGUCAAGGCUGCACUGAGUGCGCGCAAGGUGUAUAAGGUUGACCAUGGGAGGACGACGUGGCCCGUUUGUCAUGUCAGGGAUACGGUAGGCUUAUAUGUUGAGAUGCUGAAAGCUAUAUUGGACGGGAGGAGUAUCGGGUACGGAAAGAAUGUCUUCUAUUUAGCGGCUAGCGGGAGUGUAGCUUGGGAUGACCUUUAUGAGCGUUUUGCGAAAGCUUUGAAAGAGAGAGGCAAACUUGACACUGUAGAUGUUGGUGUCGCAGGGGAAGAAGAUUUGAAGAGGAUGGCGCAGGGGAUUGGAUGUGAGCCUUUUCUGGUGCCUAUGCAGCUCGCUGGCCUGUGUACGUUCACCGCCGAGCAUGGCAAACAAAUUGGGUGGACACCCCGCUACAAACCUGAGGAUAUCUUGGACAGGGCGGAGGAGGAAGUGGAAUUUAUACUGCAGAAUCUCACCGCAUGA